AUGCUAAUAACAGAGACCUCACCUCCGUCGCCAGCCGGCGACGAGAAGGAAUCCAAAAUGAGCCAGAUUCAGUUCUCAGCGCCACUGGACAAACAGGACAGCACGGUGUGGCAGAAACGACAGCAAGCGGUGUGCGUCAGGCACGCGUUCAAACACUACGGCUCCAACAAACGGCCCAACCACGUCCUCAGCAACCUGAAUAUGACCGUCGCAAAAGGGACUAUAUACGGUCUACUCGGGGCGUCCGGUUGCGGGAAGACCACGCUCCUCUCCUGCAUCGUGGGUCGGCGGAAACUGAACAGCGGCGAAAUAUGGGUGCUCGGAGGCAAGCCUGGGACCAAAGGCUCCGGUGUUCCGGGCAAGCGCGUCGGCUACAUGCCUCAGGAGAUUGCGCUGUACGGCGAGUUCACCAUAAAGGAGACCAUGAUGUACUUCGGCUGGAUCUUCGGCAUGGAGACGCGGGAGAUCAACGAGCGGCUCCGCUUCCUGCUGGACUUCCUCGACCUGCCCAGCGAGAGCCGCAUGGUCAAGAACCUCAGCGGUGGUCAACAGCGAAGAGUGUCGUUCGCAGUGGCGCUUAUGCACGACCCCGAGCUCCUGAUCCUCGACGAGCCGACCGUCGGCGUGGACCCACUCCUGCGGCAGUCCAUCUGGACCCACCUGGUCCAAAUAACCAGCUCCGGCGACAAGACCGUCAUAAUCACCACCCACUACAUAGAGGAGGCCCGGCAGGCGCACUGCAUCGGUUUGAUGAGGAGCGGUAGGCUGCUGGCCGAGGAGUCACCCCAGGCCCUCCUGACCAUGUACAGCUGUAUCUCCCUUGAAGACGUCUUCCUCAAGCUCUCUAGAAAGCAGGGUCAAGCGAACCAAGUGGUCGAGCUCAACGUGUCCGGUGGGGCUCUGGGGCUGAACAAGAUGUCGAAAAGGGAGGAGGCGCCUUACGCGGCUGAAGACACGCACGUUGUCGGGCUGAACUUCCACCAGAGCAAGGAGGUCCUUAUUGUGGACAACGGCGCGGGGUCCAAUGGCGAUCUUCCAGGAAAAAUGACAGAAGUCGUGACUACAGAAUGCGAAGAGUGUGGAGACUGUUUAAACUUCACGUCGAGGGGGAAAAUCAAGGCCCUGAUCCAGAAGAAUUUCCUGAGGAUGUGGCGGAACAUCGGCGUCAUGCUGUUCAUAUUCGCGCUGCCCGUGAUGCAAGUGAUACUCUUCUGUCUGGCCAUCGGACGUGACCCCAGCGGUCUAAGACUGGCGAUAGUUAACGACGACGUGAACGUGAUGGACGGCUACUGUCCGUACAACUCGUCGUGCUCCAUGAAGAACCUGUCGUGCCGCUACCUCGACCACCUGAAGAACCAGUCCAUCAUCAAGCAGUACUACUUCGACGUGGAGUCGGCCAUACAGGCGGUGCGCGACGGCGACGCCUGGGGCGCCAUCUACUUCAACGAGAACUACACGGACGCUCUAGUCGCUAGACUGGCUCUAGCUGACACGGCAGAUAACGACACCAUCAUGUCAUCCGAGGUCCAGGUUUGGCUGGACAUGUCCAACCAGCAGAUAGGGCUUAUGCUCAACAGGGACAUACAGUUCUCUUACCGGGACUUUGCCAAGGAUCUGCUCCAAACGUGCAACUACAAUCCGAAAGUGGGUGACAUUCCGAUCGACUUCAAGGACCCGAUUUACGGCGACAACAACCCCUCGUUCACGGAUUUCGUCGCUCCCGGAGUUAUUUUAACUAUCGUGUUCUUCUUGGCCGUGGCGUUGACCUCGUCGGCCCUGAUCGUGGAGCGGAUGGAGGGCCUCCUGGACAGGUCCUGGGUGGCGGGGGUGUCCCCCGGGGAGAUCCUGUUCUCGCACGUGGUCACGCAGUUCGUGGUGAUGUGCGGCCAGACGGCGCUGGUGCUCAUCUUCAUGAUCCUCGUCUUCGGCGUCAAGAGCAACGGGAACAUCGCCUACGUCAUCAUGCUGACGUUGCUUCAAGGCCUGUGCGGCAUGUGCUUCGGCUUCGUGAUAUCGGCCGCCUGCGAGCUGGAGCGGAACGCGAUCCAGCUGGCGCUGGGCUCGUUCUACCCCACGCUGCUGCUGAGCGGCGUGAUCUGGCCCAUCGAGGGCAUGCCGUGGGCGCUGCGCUACAUAGCGCUGUGCCUGCCCCUCACCCUGGCCACCACCUCGCUGCGGUCGGUGCUGACGCGCGGCUGGCCGCUGCAGGACCCCGACGUCUACAUGGGCUUCGUGGCCACCCUGGCCUGGAUCGCCCUCUUCCUCGUCGUCACGCUCACGAUACUGCGCUUCAAGCGCGGC